GUGUUCGUGUCAUAAUAUAAACAUCAAAGAGUAUCAAUUUAUACAAGGAAAUGCUAAUAAUAUUCUGAAAUAAUUCAUUGAGUUAUAAUGAUAAAUAUUCUCUUCGUGAGAACUAGUACGAACUGGUGACUACGCUAAGAUAUGGUGUAAUGUCGUCAGUUCAUUGUGUGGUGGUAUGGGAGUGGCAAUGCAAUGGACAAUGGCUGCCACACUCUCCAGGAGUGGCACGCACUUUAGAACGAGCGCAUGCUAAGAAGCUCACACGAGUAGUGCUUGCAGAUGCUGAUCCAGCACUAAAAGGCCACUAUGUUAACCUUUUAACACUCACCCAGUGUUCUGAUGGACCAGGUUAGUCUGACUGUAAUUAUUUUACUGUAAGUUGUCUAGUUUUAAUUAAAUGUACAUAAUAUUUUAUUAAAUUAUCUUUAUAUAUAAAAAUUACGUGUCACAUUGUUUGUCUGCGAUGAACUCCUAAACUAUUGAACUGAUUACAAUGAAAUUUUGCACACUGUGUGCAGAUUGGUUCAACUUGAGAGAUAUGAUACUUUUUAUCCUGAUAAGUGACCUUCAAUAUUUUUUAUUGUGAAUUUAAGGUUUUUUUAUAGGGUCGUCGGAAAGGGCAGUACAACAUCUGCCAUGCAAGCUAGUAAAUAUAUAUAUACACAGUGGUGGUCAUAUAAUUAGAAACACUACCAACGGUCCUUGACAUUAUGUAAGGUACUUCACUGCAAUCAUUUUUAUUUUGAAAUUAAACAAUAAAUAGGACAACAAUAUGUUCAACGAUUUAUUACUUAUUAAAAAACAAUAUAAAUCCCAUUAAACAAGUGCAGUUUCAAUAAUACAUUACGGACAAACAUUUAGAUCAGUUUUAGGGUAUGAACAAUAAUGGUCAACGAAUUAGAAACAACAACAAAAAAGUAUAAAAAACAAUAUUUUUUUAAGUAUUAGUAAUUAGUAUCGUUAUUUACGAAAUACCUACUAUCUACAGCCUACCAAUAGUUAUAAUUAAUAUUUAGUGACGUAUCCCUUAUUUUCAAUAACAUAUUUUCAUACAUUUUUCUAAGGGGAUUGAAUUCCAUCAACAAAUGCUUCAUUUAUUUCGUUUUGACUGGUGUUUCGUUUGUUUGAGACUUUCUUUUUAACAAUAUACCAGAGAUUUUCUAUCGGGUUUAAAUCCGUACUAUUUUUUGGCCAGUCUAAAACGGAUAGAUGCUGUUCGCUAAGGAAACAUUUGACGCUAUUGGCAAUGUGUUUAGGGUCAUUGUCAUGCUGAAAGAUACAGGUUACAGGCAAAUGAUUAUCCGAGUAGGAAAUUAUUGUGUGCUCUAAUAUACAUUGUACCUUGAAUCUUCCAAACGGGUCCAACUUCACAUCCGGAAAAACACCCCCAAACUUUAAUGUUACCGCCACCGUACUUGACUGUACUCCUUGUGUAUUUAUAAUUAAAAGCAUUGUUUACAGGACGUCUAACAUAGCGCUUUCCAUCGGAAUUUACCAUAUUUAUUUUAGUUUCAUCUGAAAAUAACACUUUUUUCCAUUCUUGUACCGUCCAAUUAACACAGUACAGACAGUAAUAUUAAUCAUAUAGUCUUAUAUUAAUAUCAUCAUCAUCAUUACAGCCUUUCAUAAGUCCACUACUGAACAUAGGCCUCCCCCAAGGAAUGCCACAAAGCACGGUCCUGAGCCACCUGCAUCCAUCGAAUUCCUGCAUGUCCUACCAGGUCGUCACUCCAUCUCGUGAGGGGUCGCCCUACACUUCGCCUACCGGUACGAGGCUGCCACUCAAGAACAUUUCUUCCCCAUCGGUUGUCGGUUCUUCGAGCUAUAUGGCCGGCCCACUGCCACUUCAGCUUACUAAUCCGUUGGGCUAUGUCGGUUACUCUGGUUCUACUGCGGAUAUCCUCAUUCCUAAGUUUAUCACGCAGAGAAACUCUGAGCAUAGCCCUCUCCAUAGCUCGCUGAGCGACCUUGAGCUUCCUCAUACGGCCAGUAGUUUACACUGUAUAUUUGUUUAUUAUAUUAAACUCCAUGUAACGUCGCUCAAUUUAACGACAAACUCCCUAAAGCGUCGAAACCACUGCUUUCGUUGCUUUAGCUUCUUUUUUUAUAGGAUCGGGUGACACGCGCACACAGUCCACCUGAUGGUAAGUGGUUACUGUGACCCAUAGACAUCUACAUCUAUCCUCAAUAAAGACUUAAAAUGCAGAUGCGUUGUCACCCGUGAGGACUAAGAUGGAAUGCCUCUUGUCCAGUAAAAAGGGUCUCUGGUUCCCUACACCCACCAUACGAAACACAGCAGCGUUAAGCUGCUAUUUUACGCUGGUAUUCUGUGAGAGCGUUGUCCUUCCCCGGUUGAGCCGACCUAUUCGGGCUACAACUAUAUUACUAAUAUAGCUGCAGCAUGACGCUACCACGUAUGAAAUGAUACACUCUAUAUAGCAUUAUACCCACUUUCAAUAACGACAAAAAUUAAAUAGUAAAAAGUACUUUUUAAGUUGCAAAAAUUAGUAAAAACUGCACAGCUGUGUAUGUUAUUUUGUCGCUUUAUUAGCCUAGCCCGUAAUAAACUCGACUGUCGGCAUCAUACAUAUCAAACUCUUUAAGAAAUCCGUUAUUUUGUUUACAAAUUGGGAUUGCUUGCACAUGUAGACUGUUCUUAGUGGGAGUAAUGGAUUAUCUAUACAUUGUCAUAUACUAAGUUGCUCGCAGACUUCAAACUGUAAACAUAGCAAGUAAGAGAAAAUCACUGUGUAUUGACAAAAAAGUGUUACUGAUACGGCGCAAUAGAGGCAGGAGAGAAGAUAUGUGAUGUUGGUAGACACUUUGGAUUUAGUCGCUCUACUGUGUCCACAAUAUAG